CUCCCGCUCUCGCUCUGACUGUCUCUCUGUCUGUCUGCCUCUCUCUCUGUCUCUCUCUCCCUCUCUUUCUCUCUCUCUCUCUCUCUCUCUGUCUCUCUGUCUCUCUCUCUCUCUCUCCCUCUCUCUCCCUGCAGGUGACCUCUCCAUGGGCGAGCUCCAGGACCCCUUCCUGGUCAGCGUUCACCUGAUCGCCGACGCCGGCCAGGGCAAGCACCUCCAGCGCGCCGCCGACUCCGCCCUGGCCUGGGUGCACCCCGAGCUGCAGCUCUUCCGUGUGUCAGAGCGAGCGUCCUCGCCGCGGUCCCGCUCCGCCAACCGGCGCCGCCACGAGGAGAACGACGCCUGCCAGCCCUCCCUCGCCGUCAUCCUCUUCCUGCGGGAGUCACGUGACAAUGCCGGCGGCGAUGGCGGCGGCGGCGGCGGCGACGGCUACGGCGGCGAGGAGACAGCCUCGCUGCACCGCGCCCUCCAGCGCCCGCCCUGGCGCUACCACCACUCGGAGAAGGUGAGCCGGGGCGGGGACGGGCGCCGCGUGCUGACACUGGCGCCCUGCAGCCAGGACUUCUUCACGCUGGCUCCGGGAACGCCGCUGUGGGCGGUGCGGCAGGUGCACUACGGCAAGGAGAUCGUGCGCUUCACCGUGUACUGUCGCCACGACAACUACGGCGACAUGGUGCGGCUGUACCGGCUGCUGCUGCAGCGGCGGCCGGCGCAGAAGAAGGAGGACUUCUGCUUCUUCGUGGUGUACGCCAACCCCGACACGGAGAUCCAGCUGUCCUUCAAGAGGCUGCCGCGGGGCCAGAGCCCGGCCAGAGCCCACUCGGCCGUGGUGGAGAUCCGCGUGCGGGACGUGGGUUCCCUGGUGCCCCUGUUGCCCCAGCCCUGCAGUCCCAUCAGCCCCGUGCGAUGGCAGACGGAGGACUACGACGGGAACAAGAUCCUCCUGCAGGUCCAGGGCGCUCGCUUCAAGCGCAGACAAGACGCCUCCCACUCCGCCGUGGACUCGCUCUCCGCCCCCUCCACCUUCACCCGUAGCUCCGCCCCUUACCGCAACCGGCGCCUGCACCGCACGGCGUCGCGCUGCCGGGCGCAGAGCCAGUCGUCCUACAGCUCGCUGCCGCUGGCCUGCGAGGAGCUGGACAAGGAGGACGAAGAGGAGGGCGACGAGGAAGACGAAGGCGACGACGAGCGCUGGGCGCAGCGUCGCCACCCGGAGGCCUGGAGGUCCCAGUGGCGGAGCCAGCGCUCGGGCUCGCUCUACUCCCUGCCCACCCAGGGCCCCGGGGCCGGCUCCUCCCGCUCCACCUGCUCCUCCCCCGCCUCCGGCCCCGCCCCCUCCCCCCCCCACCGCGGCCGGACCCCCCGCCAGCCCCUCCUCCCCCCGUGCAGCUCGCCCCUCGUCCCCGCGUUCCGCCUCAACCUGGACGCUCUGGUGGGCGCCGAGGAGACGGACGUGGACACGGGCCACCAGGUGGACGCGGCGGCGGCGGCGGCGGGGGGGGGCGGGGCCGACCUCAGCGUGGUGUCGGCAUACGUGCGGCCGUCCUCCGCUUCGUCUGAGGAGGCGGGCCGCUGCCUCUCCCCCGGCCCGCCCCCCCCACGCCCACGCCUUCGCCACGGUGAAAAGGGCGGCGCCUGUGGCGGCGGCGGGCCGGCCCCGCGUCCCCGUCAGGACUAGCAGCCUAUCGGUGAAGAGCACGCCGUCGGCGUGGAUCAGGACGCCGGCGCGCCCUCAGAGCUCGCUCUGCUUCAACACGGCGUCCACCGGCGGCACCACCUCCCCGAGUGACGUCUCCCUCAGCCAAUGGGACAGCUCCAACAGUCUGGGCGGGUCGGUGGAGCACGUGCAGCUCGAAGCGCUGGGCGAUGCGCUGGAGGAGGACCAGGAGUUCUACAUAUGAGGACAUAAGCUUGUUGGAGCGGCGGUCGACAAGGGGAUGGUUGGCUUUGACUUUUCUGAGUUGGAUUCAAGUUGUAGGAUCCUUGUAGGAGUCUGCAUGAUGGCUGUCCUCUCUGUGUGACGGUUGUCCUCCAUGUGUUUUUCUGAGUCUACGGCUGGAGAAGUCUGGCCUCAUCCAUCGAAGUUUGGCUCAAUUGGAGAACCCGGAAUCUCCCGGAAUCUCCGGGUUUCCAGACAGCCAGUGUCUGCGUGCAAGCGUGCGUGAAGCAUGCUUUUGCGUGUAUGUGUGCGUGCGUCUGCAUUUGUGUUUGCGUGUGUGUGUGUGUUUGCGUGAAUGCGUGUCUGUGUGUGUCCGUGUGCGUAUGUGUGUCUGUGCGUGUGUGUGUGCCUGUGUGUGUGCCUGUGUGUGUGUGUGUGUGUAUGUGUGUGCGUCUGACUGUACGUGUGUCUGUGCGUGUGUGUGUAUGUGUGUGUGUGUGCGUCUGUCUGUAUGUGUGUGUGUGUCUGUGCGUGUGUGUCCGUGUGUGCGUGUGUGUGUGCGUCUGUCUGUGUGUGUGUGUGUGUGUGCGUCAGACCAUGCGAUUGACUGGAUUGCUAUGCAUUCAGGGUUCCUCCCUGGGAUUGGCUCCCGCCUCCCGACCUUUAACCAGAAAGAAGCAGGCAUUAAGGAUCUGGAUGGACGGAGGGAUUGACCACCGACAACCGCUCUGCCCUGCCCCCUGCUGCCAAUCAAUGGACAUAACAGUCAAUAGACAAACUGACAACCUGGCAAUGUGGUUUUCUAUGUGUCCUCAUAUGCUUUGUAUUUGUGUUUUAUGAUUAUUUUAUAUCUGAAUUUAAGCUAGAUGAUAUGUGUGAUGUUUAUUAUUAUUAUACUCCAUGUCCAUGGACCAGGUGACAGGAUAGAUCCAGUUAUAUUAUAAUGUACCUGUCUGUUUGCCCCUCUUUUAACAUUGCCACCAUUUAUUUAUUUCUUAUUUUUUAUUCUCAACAGGAUUUGAUUUCAUCUUAUAGCAGCCAUGACGUGUAGAGCCUUUUUUUUUUUAAUGAUUUUUAUGAUGACUGUUGUGUUUUCUGAACAAUAAAAUACAAAAUAAAAAACGAAUAAGGUA